CACGAUGGGUAAGCGAGGCGAUCGUGGUGGCGACCACGGAGCCGACCGCGGUGCCGAUCGCGUCGACAAGUUUCUGCCGGCCGCGCCUUCCCUUCGCGGUGGGAGUCGUUUCUGGGCCCUUGCGGCCUCGGACUCCGACGACUCCGAUGAGGAGGAGGCCGCCGGCGGCGGAUCUGCAGUGGCGGCGUACUCUCCGACGCCGAGUGACAAGGUGUGCGAGGUGUUGGGGGCUGGCUACUCGGAGGAGGUUGUGGCCGGCUUUGUUGAUGAGGUCGUCCCGCCGGAGGAUCCUGCUUGGGUCGGGGUGGGCAUGACGGACAAGGUGGAGGUCGUCCGGCGAGUGGCACACCGCCGGACGGCGCCGACGUCGACACGGCCUUGGAAGGGUCCUCUACCAAAGGUUAUCUUCAAGGCCACUACACUCAUCCGUAUGUGGUCGCUACUCACUCCGACGGAGGCCAGGGAGCAUUUGGUUACUGGUUCUAUCCGAUGGGAGACGGUAGCUCGGGAUAUCUUCAACCGGUUUGGAUGGCGGUCAUGUAAUAGGAUAGGUGUUUAGUUUCCUAUCUGUUUUUGCCUGCCGGUUGUGGCUAUCCUCUUUUCUUUCCUUUCAUGCUCCUUGUUGAGCUUUUGUUUUUUUGUAUGAGACUACGAGACCUUUGUUGAACCCUUUGCAUUCUAAUAAUAUGGCCGUAUGCAUCAUUCUGAUGCAUAGGCCGGGUUA